AUGGCACCCCUCUGGAUUUUCCAUGCGCAUGAGACCCUCCAGACCGCGGUCGGAUUUGAAUCUGACCGGAAACGGUGCACCUCGGGUGGAUACGCAACUGUCACUAAAGACGUUUUGGCUGUUCUUAAGCUGAAAGGCAGAGUAGAUGACCAUCUUAGCUUCUCCUGCUAUCACUCAUGGGCCAGUACAAACAUCAAGUACUUUUGCAGAUGGGACUGCACAGAUAAAGAGGUGCUCAUCAGAUCUAACGGAGUGGGGAAAAUAGCCCAGAAAGGACGAUAUUCACUGUAUGACAGAGGAGGAGGACGUGUGACCAUCACCAUCACAGGCCUGUGGAAGUCAGACUCUGGAAGGUACUGGUGCGGGGUGGAGAGGUCUGGACUGGACACGUUUCAAGAGGUCUUUCUUACAGUGCUGGACGCUCCUAAGGUCACUACAGCUCCUAUGGUCACUACACCACCUAAAUCAUCACUGGAAACAAUCUUUUGCCCAAACACUUCUUCAGCUGAGAAGACAAACAAGAUUUCUACAAAAGGUCGGCUGAACAUCAUUCCUGUGUGCGUGUCUGCUUUACUGCUGACCGUAGUUCUGUCUCUGGCACUUUACUAUAAAUGGGGGAAGUCCUGCUGUACAGUAAGAGCUUGUUUCUCCUCCGAUUCUCACAAGUCAACUAGAAGUCAGGUUAACACAGUCCAUGAAGAGGACUCACCUAGACACCAAAACUCGGGUGGAAUCGGCCCCAUCUAUGAGAACAUGGAGCCCAGCAUCAUCCAAACAAAUCCAGGCUACCAGAUGCUGCACACCACCGCCAUCCAAUCAGAUUUCAUAUAUGACAGUCUGCGCAACCAAACAGGCCAAUCAGAUCGAUUCACACCCAAAACAAACCAGAGGUCCCUCAGAGUUGAGGAUCCUGUGAAUGUCAACCUGUAUGAAACAGGGAAAAUAGAGGAGGAUGCAGGAUGGCUGUUCUUCUUUUAA